GCAAGCUAAGGGGCAGAGCCCGUAGCGGUGGGUAGAGGACAGGGCAGUGGCACCCACAGUGACCCGAUGGGCGGAGUGGCAGAGAGGGAUAGAAGGGCAGGCCUGGCAGGGUGCGGUCUCGAGUGGCAACUGAUGCCUCGAAUUCCCAAUUCAACUGGAAAGGCAAAGCGGCAGAGACAAAAAAAAAACGGGACAAGAAGGAGAAACGCCAGAACCAGUAGUGUUCCUCCUCGUUUGACAUUAACAGCACCUCAGUGGCAAAACCACAGCACCAAGAAGACAAUCUGCGACCACUGUUCACUACAGAAGAUCUACUUUGAACCUGUUUGUUUAAAUGAGCAACCUUUUCAACUCCAUACCCAUAUCUGUUGGCUCCCGACGACGAGAAAGAACAAGAUACAGUUAAGCGGCGACGUUUGGACAACACCGGACUCGGACCCCGGAGACAUUGAACUUUUACCCCUGCUACCGGUUCCAUAAAACAAAACAUUCGGCUAAAUGACUGUUUUUAGGGGCUUUUACGGACAGUUGCUGUGCGCACCGAGGAUGGCGUGGAUAAGGCUUAUAUAAUAUUGAAAUAUUCUGUCCCCUAACCUCCAUUCCUUACCCUGUGGGGAGAACACGGAGCAUCCAGGGGAGGGGGUAGCUUGAGACACCUCCGCGACCUGUGCCUACCACUCCGCUUCGGAGUGGCCGGCCCUGCCGGUCUGGCUGGGAUGCGUCUCUCCGUGCUUGUAGGGCUCUUCGUCGGCUGCGCCCUGUUUCUCGCACCUGUAACCGAGGGCUGUGGGCCGGGGAGGGGAUACGGCAAGAGACGUCUGCCAAAGAAGCUCACACCCCUCGCUUAUAAGCAGUUCAGCCCAAACGUUGCCGAGAAAACACUGGGCGCCAGUGGCAAACACGAGGGCAAAAUAACGAGAAACUCAGAACGGUUCAAAGAACUCACUCCCAACUAUAACCCUGAUAUUAUAUUUAAAGAUGAGGAGAAUACGGCUGCCGAUCGACUUAUGACCCAGCGUUGUAAAGACAAGCUGAACUCCCUGGCUAUCUCUGUGAUGAACAUGUGGCCUGGGGUGACGCUGAGAGUGACAGAGGGAUGGGACGAGGACGGGCACCACUCAGAGGACUCCCUCCAUUAUGAGGGAAGAGCGGUGGACAUCACCACGUCUGACCGGGACAGGAACAAGUACUCCAUGCUGGCUCGCCUGGCCGUGGAGGCUGGCUUCGACUGGGUCUACUACGAAUCGAAGGCACACGUGCACUGCAGUGUCAAGUCAGAGCACUCAGUAGCAGCUAAGACCGGGGGCUGUUUCCCUGGUCGUUCUCUGGUCACUCUGGAUGACGGGAGCAGCAGGGCUGUUCAGGACCUCCAGCCAGGUGACCGGGUCCUGGCCUCCUCGGGGGCUGACGGCAGCAGGAUCGGAGGAGACCUCGUCUACAGUGAGUUCUUCACCUUCCUGGACCACGAGCCUGCAGCCAGGAAACAGUUCUACGUGUUGGGAACAGAGACGGGAGCGAACCUGACCCUCACCGCGGCUCAUCUUGUGUUCGUGACCGAGGGUAACUGUUCAGUGGGCGAAUCGGGUGCUGUCAUGCGGACUAUGUACGCCAGCGACGUACGGCCAGGACAGUGUGUGCUGACCGCAGGGAGAAACCAGGGACUACAGGGAAUCCUCUCCCAGGUCAUUUGGGUCCACAUCCAGAUGGACACCGGGGCCUUCGCCCCUCUGACACGCCACGGUUCACUGGUGGUGGACGGCGUUCUAGCCUCGUGCUACGCUGCUAUGGACCAGCACCAUCUAGCCCACUGGGCAUUUGGGCCCCUCCGCCUGCUGUACAGCUCGACCAGAUGGACUGGUGCCUCUCUAGGAGACGGACUACACUGGUACCCACAAGUCCUGCAUUGGAUAGGAAGGUUCCUAUUGGACCCUGGACAUUUCCACCCCUGGGGGAUGGUCAUGCACGACUCAGAGAGAUAAAGAGAGAGAGAGAGAGAAAAAAAGACACGGGAGGUCGCAAGUAAAAUUGUCAAAUCUAAUGUUAUUUUGUCAGGUUGCUUGGUAGAAAACAGGUCUAACAGUGAAAAGCUAACUGACUGGUCCAUUUUCAACCAUGAAUAACAAAUAAAAAUACAGAGUAAAAGUAACAUGGCUAUAAAAACGAUAUAUACAAAAGUAUGUGGACAACACUUAAAAUGAGUGGAUUCGCCUUUUUCAGCCACCCGUUGCUGCCCGGUGUAUAGAAAAUCAAGCACACAGCCAUGCAAUCUCCAUAGACAAACACUGGCAGUAGAAUAGACUUACUGAAAGUAUGUGGACAACACUUAAAAUGAGUGGAUUCGCCUUUUUCAGCCACCCGUUGCUGCCAGGUGUAUAGAAAAUCAAGCACACAGCCAUGCAAUCUCCAUAGACAAACACUGGCAGUAGAAUAGACUUACUGAAAGUAUGUGGACAACACUUAAAAUGAGUGGAUUCGCCUUUUUCAGCCACCCGUUGCUGCCAGGUGUAUAGAAAAUCAAGCACACAGCCAUGCAAUCUCCAUAGACAAACAUUGGCAGUAGAAUAGACUUACUGAAGAGUUCAGUGACUUUCAAUGUGGCAUCGUCAUAGGAUGCCACCUUUCCAACAAGUCAG